AUCCUCUCCCAUGGUACAGCUUUCAGUCUGGAUGCAGAGCAGCCGGACUAUGACCUGGACACGGACGACGAGGCGUUUGUGACCAAGCUGAGGAAGAAGAUGGAAAUCCUCCCCCUGCAGUUUGAGGAGAUGAUUGACCGUCUGGAAAAGGGCAGCGGACAGCAGCUGGUGACCCUGCAGGAGGCCAAGUUGCUCCUGAAGGAGGACGACGAGCUGAUCCGCGAGGUGUUCGACUACUGGACGCGCAAGCGGAAGACCAGCAAGAGCGCAGCCCUCAUCACCUCCGUCAAGCAGGAGAAGCGCGACGGCUCCAGCACCAACGACCCCUACGUGGCCUUCCGCCGGAGGACGGAGAAGAUGCAGACGCGCAAGAACCGCAAAAACGACGAGGCGUCAUACGAGAAGAUGCUGAAGCUGCGGCGGGACUUGAGCCGGGCCGUCACCAUCCUGGAGAUGAUCAAGCGCAGGGAGAAGAGCAAGCGGGAGCUGCUGCACCUCACGCUGGAGAUCGUGGAGAAAAGGUACACCAUGGCCGACUUUGGUGGCGAGGUGAUGGCCGAGCUCUUGGCCCAGCGUGCGCUCGUCAAGCCCACCUACCCCGUGCCCCUCGUCCCGCUGCUCAGGCACCAGGACCAUGCCGAGUACAAGCCCAAGCCUGAGAAGACUGAAGUGGUCCGAACCAAGCGGAAGUACGAGAAGAGGCCCAAGGCCGCCCCCCUGUCGUCCGCCGCCUCGCUGCAGCCCGGCCACUCAGGCCUUCUGUCUUUCAAUGCCAAGGACAUGAAUCAGUACGACUUCCCCAGCUCCGACGACGAGCCCUUCCCCCAGGUGUUGUCGGGCUCGUCGGAGACGGAGGAGGAGAAUGACCCGGACGGACCCUUCGCGUUCCGCCGGAAGGCUGGCUGUCAGUACUUCUCCGCCCGCUUGGAGCAGAGCGGCAGCUGGGCCUGGUGCAACCCAGCAGACGGCGGCCUGGGAGACGCGCGCUACCGCUACAGCCUGACCACCCUGACAGUCCCCCACCGCUGCGUGGGGUUGGCACGGCGACGCUUCGGUCGCGGUGGCAGGUGGGGGCCUUUAAACUUAACUGCAGGGAUGGCAGUUUUGAUGUGGGGGGGGGGAGAUUUAAGCCUUGCAGAUUUGUCAGCUGGAAGGUAGUGAUGGACGUUUCGA